AUGACAUACACAGAGUUGUGGGUGAGCACAGCAUCUCUGCCGGUUCUCACCCCCUUUUCUGCAACCGGUUCCUGCCAGGGGCCACGAUUCAUCGCAUGUCCGGCAGGAAAACAUCACGACAAUAUAUGGCGCAUUUCGUUGAAUAGCAGCCACGACGAAAAUGUUACAUUCUCGAGCUACAUUUUAGCUACAUUCCUAAGCAACCAAUUUUCAACACCCUACAUUGAGCCAAAGCCCUUCAACUUUUUUAUUGAGACUCAGUCAGACGUCCAAAGACAGCGGAAGAACCAAACGGCAAACAAUCAAGAGGCGAACAUCGUAACGCCGAUUACUAUACGCCAACGCCCAACACCAUGA